GAGAAAAAGACAAAGAGAGAGAGAGAGAGAGAAAACAGAGAGAGAGAGAGAAAGGUCGUUGAACCCUUUUACCGAAGAAAAACUUCGACUAAGCUUACGUUUAACCUCUUCUACCGCCCGUUUCUUUUUUUCAACGCCCGAGAAAAACGGUCAAGUACCGUAGCUCAGUGGGUGCCACCUAAAAAUAGAUUGCGAUUUCGGAGAUUGUUUUGACUAAAAUGUGCUUCCUAACCUACUCAAAGAUGGCGCCAUUUUAGAUCUUUGGUAACCUCCAAAAAGUUUUAUCCAUAUUAGUUUUGUUACUACACGUUCGAUCGAAGCGCCAUUUACUUAAAUAUGAUUGGUUAAUAAUGUUUAUUCAAGAACCAAUGGGAUCUUACCAUUUUACGGAAAACUAGUACCUUUAUUACGACGUUUCUAUUAUAUUGGUUAAACUAUCCCAUGUGAAGUAUAUUUGUGAUAAAGAACGUUAAUAUAAUCGAAGCAUAACAUGUGUUUAACCUCAAUCACAUUCAAGACGUAAAUAAAUACAAUUUAUUACGUAGUGCAUUUGAAGAUUUUUUUUUUUGACAUUCAUUUACUCAUCUCAAUAUGAAGAAACAUAAUUUGUCAAAACACUGGGUUGUUGUCAAAUCUAAGACUCAUCAGGAUAGAGUUUAUUAUUUUAAUACUAGAACCAAAGAAUCGUCUUGGAAUGAACCUACUCAGGAUACUACAAACAAGAAUUCUUAUAUGGGAACAGAAAAGACAAAGGAAAAGAAAACAGGUACAGAAAGUUUUAUUGAAUUGAGAAGUAAAACACCUGAUCUUGAAGAUAAAGAUAUUAAUAAUAAAAGUAAUGAACGAAAAAUAUUAGCACGUAAACGGCAGUUUAAAAGAAGUUCUUCUGAAUUGAAAAGAAAAACACCUGAUUUGGAAGAUGAAGAAGUUAAUAAUAAAAGUAAUGUACGGCAAAAAUUAGUAGCCAAACGUUUUAAACCUACAAAAGAUGUUGAUACGCGUCAAAUGAUAGAUCUUAGGAAGAAGAUACAGCUUAAGAGAGAUAAAAGUAAUAAUAAAAAUAGUUCUUUUACCAAUUCGUUUAAGUCGAAUAUCGCUUCGAGUAAAAGCAAGAAGAUUGUAAUACCAGAAGCAACGACUUCUAAAUUGGAUAAACCAGAAACAGAUAUUUCCAAACCAGAAACAGAUACUUUCAAACUAGAAACGAUGACACCACAAAUGAGAGUUAUUUAUGAAAAGUUACAAAAGAAGAAUAUGGAGAAGAAAGGGGUUAAAUCAUUAAAACCAAUCAACAUUGUUAAAGAUACCGAUGUAGUUGACAACAUUCAAAGUACGAUAAAAGAAAACAAUAGAAGAAGCACACGAAGUACAAGAAUGAGCAUGGCAAAAUCUUCCAAUUCAAGUCAAAUUAUGAAUUCUAUUUCUAGCAAUCCUGAAUGCGAUCUUACAGAAAAUAUUAAUAAGAAUUUCAUGCAAAAUAAUACGAAGAGAAAGUCAUUAAAAGAGUCAAGUCCUACUACAGAUAAAAGAUGCAAAUUUGUGCUAACGAAAACAGAAAAUAAAACAUCAAACGAGGUUAUAAUCGACAGAAGCAAUAUUAUCAAGAAAAAUUUGGCUAAAGACCGCAUGGAGAAGUUAAGAAAUUCAUUAAAUAUUCAAACAAAAGAUCAAAAGAAUUCGGAAUUACCUGAUGUUUAUAAAAACAGUGAUACAAGGCAUAAACAUUUACAAAAUAGACUUCUAUCUAAUAAGAAGAUCCCCCAUGAAGAAGAAUUGCUAAUGUCUGUUGAAAGUAAUAUAUUAAAUCAGUCCCAUAAUAAGUCAUGUGAAAAUUCCUUAAAUAAGUCUUCUUCUAUUUGCGAAGAAGAAAUGGAUUGGGAGCCAUUGGAAUACGAACAGAUUACAUUUGAGGUACAAGCCGCAAGGAUAAAAUUAUGUACUCAAGGCAUAACAGAUGUAAAAUUACCGAUAGAAGGAAAUAUUUUUCAUUUACCAUCUCAAAAAGAAGAUAACAUAUUGUACAUUGUUGUAGAUACUAACGUCUUUUUAUCAAAUUUAAAUGCAGUCGUUAAAGCUAUGAAUAAAAAGUUUAUAACGUACGAUAGAACAAUUAUUGUGAUUCCAUGGACUGUUAUAAGAGAAUUAGAUUAUUUAAAAGCAGCCAAAUCUAAGCAAAGUUUGCAUGAACAAUCCAGAAAAGCUAUUCAAUUCUUGAAUAAUCAUUUCUCCGUUAAAGAUCCACGCUUAGUUGGUCAGACCUUACAGGAUGUAAUGAAUAAUAAAGAAAAAUUUGCUGCUGAAUGUCCUGAUGAUGAGAUACUUCAAGUUUGUUUACAAAUUCGAGAAGCUGACAAAGCUGUGGCUUUAUUAUCGUACGACAAAAAUCUUUGCAACAAAGCUAUGAUAUCUGACAUAUUAGCACUUGGAAAAGAUGAUCCUCUUGAAAAAAUAGAUUACAUAUUUUCGAAUAGGAAAACAAUAUUAAAUUUUCACGAUAUUUCUCUUCCAAGGGUGCAAGAUGAUAGUUCGCAAAUUAUUUCAGCUUUCCAAGAAGAAUUAAAUUAUUUUAAUGAAUUGUUCGAAGAGGUAGAAACUGUGAUGAAAGAAUUUCUUACAGUGAUAGUAAGUAAAGAAAUGAAAAAGUUAUACGACGAAUCUUGGGAAAAGUAUGUUAUCGUAAAGCCACCUUGGACAAUUAUGUGUGUUUUAAAAUGUGCCAUUAAACAUUGGAUAGCUGCUACUAGCGAAGUAUUCGACAGAGAAGCGUUAAAUUUACUCAAAGAACUAUCAGAAAUGUUUAAAGAGUUUUCAAAGGGCGGUCGAAGAUUGAAAGACAUUGUUUAUUUAUUGGAAAAGUGUAAUGACUUGAUUCAAACGAUAAAUAUUGAUAAAUAUUCUGAACUUAUGACCAGAGUAUUGAAUGCCAUUCAAGAUUUACAACACAAAUGUCAUAAUUACGAAAACGAGAUAUGUGAGAAAAAGUUGCUAGAAAAGAUCGGCAGAGAAGAUGACGAUAUGAAACAAAAACAUAGAGCAGAUAUUGCUUUUAAUUAUUUCGAGCACAUCUAUUCAUAUGCUCGCGAUUAUGGUGGAAUGGCUGCAAAUAUUAUAGGGAUGCCAACUAGUUUUUUUUUCCAAACGCUAGAUUCAUCAGUCACUCCUGAUCACGUGCUAAAAGUUCAAUUAGAACUUUCACGAAACAUCAAUCAUUUGUUACGUGCUCUUACUAACUCUUUAGAAGAAAUAAGAGAUAAUUGUCUCGAUUAUAAAACAUUGAUCAAUCUUUACCAAAUAUUGAAAAAUUUUCUUCCUGAAAGUACGUUUAGAGAAGAAUUGUCUCCUUUGGAUCUAUAUUGUUGUUUAAAAGUCAGAGAAGAACAAUUAAAACAGGGAAUAAAGCAGCUACAAGAACUUUGUAUACAUUAUUCUAAAUUGACAAGUUUCAGAAGUAUGUAACUCGGUUUUUUAAUUCGCAAAUAAGGAAAGGGAAGAAAAUAA